AUGUCUGCGGUGUGGUUGUCUCCCACCGCUACGCUGUUGCUGCUUCUCCUCCUUACCGGCAGCUGGGCGCAGUACGCUGACCUGCGCCGUUGGCGGGUCCUCUCGCCACCCGUCGCCCUCCAUGAGCCUCUCUCUAGCGAAAUUAUCGAAUACGUCAACAGCCUUAACACUACCUGGAGGGCAGAACCAUCGAGACGGUUCACCUCACCCUCACAGAUACGCCAACAAUUAGGGGCUCUUCCCGAUCCCAUGGGAAGACGUUUACCUCUACUCUACUCGCUUUCCGAGGAGAAAUACAAAGACCUUCCCGAAUCUUUCGAUCCCCGCAAUAAAUGGCCAAACUGUGAAACUCUUUUCGAAAUUCGUGAUCAAGGUAGCUGCGGAUCCUGCUGGGCUUUUGGCGCGGCAGAGGCCAUGUCGGACCGACUGUGCAUCUACCAGCAUGCAGCUCACGGACAAUCGGAAAUGGUGAGGCUGAGCGCUGAUGACCUGCUCUCCUGUUGUGGCCAAUGCGGAAUGGGUUGCAAUGGCGGCUUCCCCGCACAGGCUUGGAGUUUUUGGAAGAAAGAAGGUCUCGUCAGUGGUGGCCUUUACGGCACUAAGGGCGUGUGUCGAGCCUACGAGAUACCUCCCUGCGAGCAUCACGUCAAUGGCACCCGUCCCCCAUGCAACGGAGACGCCAAAACUCCUAAAUGCAAGAGUGUUUGCCAGGAUGAAUACACAAUUCCUUACAGGAAAGAUAAGCAUUACGCCUCCAAGGUGUAUUCUAUCCAUUCCAACGAGGAUGCAAUCAAGCACGAACUAUUAACACACGGCCCAGUGGAGGCGGAUUUUGAGGUGUACGCUGACUUCCCCACCUACAAGUCGGGCGUUUACCAGCACGUGAGCGGUGCGCUGCUCGGCGGUCACGCCGUUAAGUUGAUGGGGUGGGGCGAGGAGAAGGGCGUACCCUACUGGCUUUGCGCUAAUUCCUGGAACACUGACUGGGGUGAUGGCGGUUUCUUUAAAAUUCUCCGCGGUCAAAACCAUUGUGGCAUCGAGAGUGACAUAGUCGCCGGUCUCCCACAACUCCAAAGCGAGAGUUUCGUGGACCUAAUUGACUACAUCAACAAUGAGGCAAAUACAUCUUGGAGGGCUGGAAAAAAUGAACGUUUUACCGACAUACACUCUGCAAAAUUUCAAAUGGGAAGUCUCUUCACUCCAAGUGAGUCAAGACUGCCCACAAAGUCGUUCCACCUCUCGUCAACGCAGAAUGCGGCGCUUCCCUUGGAGUUCGACGCACGCUUGGCCUGGCCAGACUGCCCCACCAUUGGUGAGAUCCGCGAUCAAGGUGCCUGUGGGUCCUGCUGGGCCUUUAAAGCUACUGAAGCUAUAUCAGACCGUAUCUGUAUACAUUCAGAAGGGAAGGAGGUGGUGAGAAUAUCCGCAAAUGACUUGCUAUCCUGCUGUGGCCUCUUCUGUGGCUUCGGUUGUAAUGGAGGUCUACCUGAGAACGCCUGGAAGUACUGGGCCAGAGAGGGAAUUGUAUCAGGUGGUCUCUAUGGGUCGCAUGUGGGCUGUCGACCCUAUGAGAUUCCACCCUGCGAGCACCAUACCAAUGGCAACCGGUCUGCCUGCAAAGGCAACUCAAGGACACCAAAGUGCCACCGGCAGUGUGUUGAGGAUUCAGGUGUAGAGUACCAGACUGACAAACACUUCGCCUCGGAGGUGUACAAUGUUCGAGCCAGCGAGGAGGACAUUAUGAAAGAAAUAAUGGUUCGUGGUCCAGUUGAAGCCGACUUCAUCGUAUACGCGGAUUUCCUGACCUACAAGUCCGGUGUCUAUCAGCACGUUAAAGGAGGGUUCCUGGGAGGUCAUGCAGUGAAGAUAUUGGGUUGGGGCGAGGAGAAUGAGGUGCCUUAUUGGCUUUGUGCAAAUUCCUGGAACACCGAUUGGGGUGAUGGUGGAUUCUUCAAAAUCCUUCGUGGUCAUAACCACUGCAACAUAGAAGCCGAUGUGAAUGCUGGUAUUCCGAAAUUAAGGGCUUAA